ACUCAGGCGUUAAAUCUGUCAUGCGUAGCAACGCCUGGGCAGAGGAACGAACCCCAUCUCAACCUUGCCUGUGGCUGGGGGAGGGGGCUUGUGUGGGAGAAACCAGGAAGAGAAAUGGUAUGAAUGUAUUUGACAACUUCAACCUCAUGUAGCCUGAAUAUCUAGUGUCUAUUUGACGAAUACAUUUUACUCGACACAACGGAGACCCACUUGCUUUAUGUCAAAGUGAAAUAAAAAAUUUAGAACGAUAACCCCAGCUUUGAAACGAAAAAGGUUAAAGUUCACAGGAAGCUGGGGGGCUACCAUUUUUCACUGCUGCUUACAUUUUAGAUGCUAGAGAGGGAGGGGUGGUCGUCGUGGUUUUAAUUAAUUUCUCCAGACUAUUGAGCUGUACGCGUUUUUUUGUUUGUUUCGCCACCCCUACUCACUAACAAUUGAUGUUGAAUGAAUUCGGCAUGGAGAGAAUAGCGGAGCAGUCGUGGAAUUCUUCAUACACCUAUCAGGUGAGCAAGCAUAGCGCGGAGAUGCUACACAACCUCAACAUUCAGAGGAAAGAUGGAGGCAAGUUUUGCGAUGUGAUCUUGCGCGUCGGCGAAGAGAGCUUUCCUGCCCACAAGGCGGUACUGGCGGCGUGCAGCGAGUAUUUCGAGUCCGUUUUUGGUUGUCAAACGGAGGGCGACGGGGAGGCAAAAGAGCUCGAGAUGCAUACGAUAAGUCCCAAAGUUUUUAAAGAUAUUUUGGACUUUGCCUACACCUCUAGGAUUGUGGUACGAUUGGAAUGUUUCCCCGAGUUGAUGACGGCUGCUAAAUUUUUGCUAAUGCGUUCUGUCAUCGAGAUAUGCCAAGAAGUAAUCAAACAGUCCAAUGUAAAAAUUCUUGUUCCACCCUCAAGAAGAGGCGACGUCAGUUUAUUCCGUGCCACCGGGGGCUCUGAAUUUAGUUUCACAUUGGCUGUAGACAACUUGUCAAAUGGGAAUGGCUUGUUUACCAACAAUGGGCAGACGCAUAAUGUGGAUGGAAAUCGGGCCAAUGAUACAGUCAUGUCGGAUGGCAGCCCCCAGUCCUCUAUGCCAGUCCUGCAGCCCGUGUCUCCAUCAGAGAUGACGGGCAACCCAUUCCAAGAAGAGGGCUCUUCGGGUUCCAAGAGAGGCAGGGGGCGACCAAAGAAGGGGACAGUCAUGGAACCUAUUCAUUACAACAUCAGCACCUCUGACGUUAAAGAAGACAUUGAGCAGAUAUUUCCUUGUGGAAUAUGUGGCAAGGCAUUUACAGAGGCUGUGCGGUUGAGAAACCACGAAGCGCAGCAUGGAGCGUCCAGCCAUGGCGCGAGUAGCGGCGACGGCUUGUCUGGCGAGGGAGGCCCUACCACGAUAUCGCACUCUGGUCAGCCAGGUCUGUUGGAGAAUGGCAUGCCAUUGCAUGGAGCAGUAGGCAUAGAAAACAGCCGUAAGCGCGAGAGGACGAGACGUCACGUUGGCUGUGACAUUUGUGGGAAGGUGUUCCGGGAUGUCUACCACCUGAACCGACACAAGUUGUCUCAUUCCGGGGAAAAGCCAUAUGCUUGCCAUGUCUGUGGCCUGCGGUUCAAGCGCAAGGACAGGAUGUCAUACCAUGUCCGGUCACAUGAUGGAUCUGUGGGUAAACCCUACCUCUGUCAAAGCUGUGGAAAGGGGUUUUCCAGGCCAGACCAUCUGAAUGGACACAUCAAGCAGGUUCACACAACAGAGAGACCCCAUAAGUGCCAGAUUUGUAAUGCUUCCUUUGCUACAAGAGAUCGCCUGCGGUCCCACCUAGCUUGUCACGAGGACAAGAUCCCCUGCCAGAUGUGUGGGAAGUACCUCCGAGCUGCGUACAUGACCGACCAUCUCAAGAAACACAGUGAAGGACCUCACAACUACUGUGGUAUAUGCAACAAAGACGGACAGGAGAAUGCUGGAAAAUGCCCCCAUCAAGGAGAAUCUGAGGGAGACGAGCCGUUGUUCGGGGAUCUGUCCAACGGCGACGAAAUUAAGUCUCCGCACAAGUCUGAGGAAGAGGAGCUUGGGACGCCGUUUGACUGCAACGGAGCCUCUACCGAUGCUGUGGGAGGGUCGCCACCAGGUGCCGUUAAAGCCAAGACCAGCCAGGACUCUCCAGUGAAGAAGUUCCCUUGCAGCGAGUGCACCCAGACCUUCCGCACCAAGUCUUACCUCAAUAAGCACGUCAACAGAGUGCACCAUCAUGGGGUCCAGAAGAGUCUAGUGGUGAGUGUAGGGUCUGGGUCAGGUCUGGGGGAGCUGGGUCCUUCCCUGGGCUCACCCUUCUCCCCUCAACAGAACAUGUCUCUGCUGGAGUCAUUUGGCUUCCAGAUCGUCCAGUCUGCCUUUGCCUCGUCGCUGGUGGACUCUGAGGCAGGACAUAGUGGGAUGGAGCUGGGGGGGAAGUGACCUGUAGCUCAGUCGGGGGGAAGUGACCAAUAGGUCAAUGUGGGGGAAAGUGAACCUAGAUUUGUGCGGGAAAUUUGCCCAAGUUAGGUCUGUUCAGCCUAUCAGAUGUAAGGGAAUGGCGUUGCCUAUAGACUGCUCUUGACGUUGUCUAUACACUGCUCUUGACGUUGUCUAUACACUGCUCUUGACGUUGUCUAUACACUGCUCUUGACGUUGUCUAUACACUGCUCUUGACUUUGUCUAUACACUGCUCUUGACGUUGUCUAUAGACUGCUCUUGACGGUGUCUAUAGACUGCUCUUAACGUUGUCUAUACACUGCUCUUGACGUUGUCUAUACACUGCUCUUGACGUUGUCUAUACACUGCUCUUGACGUUGUCUAUACACUGCUCUUGACGUUGUCUAUACACUGCUCUUGGCGUUGGCUAUAGACUGCUCUUGGCGUUGGCUAUAGACUGCUCUUGGCGUUGGCUAUAGACUGCUCUUGGCGUUGGCUAUAGACUGCUCUUGGCGUUGGCUAUAGACUGCUCUUGGCGUUGGCUAUAGACUGCUCUUGGCGUUGGCUAUAGACUGCUCUUGGCGUUGGCUAUAGACUGCUCUUGGCGUUGGCUAUAGACUGCUCUGCUGUUCAUGGCAUCAUCGCUCACUGUUGUUUUAUUACAUUCUGUGUCAUGGAGCUCGCUAUUACUAUCUAUAUACAGCAUUUCUUUAUGAAGACCAUUUCAGAGCAGAAUAUAAAAUGUACAUUAACAUGAAUUAUUUUAACAUUAAGAAACUUAAGACAGCAGAUUUUAGGAAGCUGUUAUCUUCCUUUUUGAUUGUAUUUGUAUUGUUGUUUAUGACAUAACCAUGCCCUUAAGAUCCGUUACCAUACCAUGCACAUAUAAGAAAAAUAUAUUAGUAAAUGCUGUUAUUAUCAUGUCAGGUAAUGGAAAUACAGAGUGUGGUUUGUAACCAAUGGGUUAGUACAUGCGUUCAGUGGGUCAUUUUGAAUUGCUUUGUUAUUAUCAAUAUGCAGUUCACAGCUGCGGUGAAACCGUCAAACCCAAGCUUCCCCUUACUUCAGACAGAGCUCCUGAAGGGGAGAGGCUGCAAAUGGAACUCUGGUCCAACUCUGAAUAGAAUCAUAGUCAAUUCUAUCAGUUUCUGCAGGGCAAGGAUAAAACCCUUUGGCUGUUCCAUUUGAGAAUGUUCUAUUCUCUAAUAACAGAUUUCUAGAGAACAGAUGUAUUUGUUAGUCACGUGAAAUCAAUUCUAGAUAUUCAACAGGGACCAAGUUCAGGUUUGACUAUUAGAAAUCGUGAGAAAUGUAGAAUAUAUUUUAUUAAUUUAUUGAUUGCCCUGUAUGCUUUGUGGACAAAGAUUUUUUUUUUUUUUUUUUGAGUUGAUGUUUGAGAUGUCGAUGUGUUGUACUGAUUUUAGUCUAUAAGUUAUGCUAGAUACAGGAGGCCAACUAGGGAGCAACAGUGAGUAUGUAUGCUGAAAUAUCUGGAUGUGUUUGGUGCUCUCUGAUAUGUGCUUUUGUCCUCCAAAUCUAAUCAACAAGAAGGCUUUUAGUCUAAUUGUUUGUCAGAUAAUUUUGCUUUAUUAGUUUCAGUACAUUCCUGCUUUUAUUUAUCAUUAUAUUGCGAUUGUAACGAGUGUAUAUAACAUUCAUUCAUAUACAGUGAAUUCAGAAAGUAUUCAGACCGCCUGCAUUUUUCCACAUUCUGUUACAUUACAGACUUAUUCUGAAAUUGAUUUAAUUAUUUUUUUCCUUCAUCAAUCUACACACAAUACGCCAUAAUGAAAAUGUAACAUUUUACAUAAGUAUUCAGACCCUUUACUUUGUUGACGCACCUUUGGCAGCGAUUACAGCCUUGAGUCUUCUUGGGUAUGACGUUACAAGCUUAGCACCCCUGUGUUUGGGGAGUUUCUCUCAUUCUCUCUGUAGAUCCUCUCAAGCUCUGUCAGGUUGGAUGGGGAGUGUUGCUGCACAGGUAUUUUCAGAUCUCUCCAGAGAUGUUUGAUCGGGUUCAAAUCUGGGCUCUGGAUGGGCCACUCAAGGACAUUCAGAGACUUGUCCCAAAGCCACUCAUGCGUUGUCUUGGCUGUGUGUUAGGGUGGUUGUCCUGUUGGAAGAUGAACCUUCGCCCCAGUCUGAGGUUCUGAGUGCUCUGGAGCAGGUUCUCAUCAAAGAUCUCUCUACUCUGCUCUGUUCAUCUUUCUCCCCAUCCUGACUAGUCUCCCAGUAACUGCCGCUGAAAACAAUUCCCACAGCAUGAUGCUGCCACCACCAUGCUUCACCAUAGGGAUGGUGCCAGUUUUCCUCCAGACAUGACGCUUGGCAUUCAGGCCAAAGAGUUCAAUAUUGGUUUCAUCAGACCAGAGAAUAUUGUUUCUGAUGGUCUGAGAGUCUUUACGUGCCUUUUGGCAAACUCCAAGCGGGCUGUUGUGCCUUUUACUGAGGAGUGGCUUCUGUCUGGCAACUCUACCAUAAAGGCCUGAUUGGUGGAAUGCUGCAGAAAUGGUUGUCCUUCUGGAAGGUUCUUCCAUCUCCACAGAGGAACUCUGGAGCUCUUUCAGAGUGACCAUCGGGUUCUUGGUCACCUUCCUGACCAAGGCCCUUCUUCCUCGAUUGCUCAGUUUGGCCAGGAGGCCAGCUUUAGGAAGAGUCUUGGUGGUUCCAAACAUCUUCCAUUGAAGAAUGGUGGAAGCCACUAUGUUCUUGGGGACCUUGAAUGCUGCAUACAUUUUUUUGGUACCCUUCCCCAGAUUUGUGCUUCAACACAAUCCUGUCUCGGAGGGAGCUCUAUGGACAAUUCCUUUGACCUCAUGGCUUGGUUUUUGCUCUGACAUGCACUGUCAACUGUGGGACCUUAUAUUGACAGUUGUGUGCCUUUCCAAAUCAUGUCCAAUCAAUUGAAUUUACCACAGGUGGACUCCCAAGUUGUAGAAACAUCUCAAGGAUGAUCAAAGGGAAACAGGAUGCACCUGAGUUCAGUUACGAGUCUCAUAAGCAAAAGGUCUGAAUACUUAUGUAAAUAAGGUAUUUUUUAAAUUUAUUUUUUAAUACAUUUGCAAAAAUUUCUAAACCUGUUUUUGCUAUGUCAUUAUGGGGUAUUGUGGAACAUUUUGUAUUUAUUUAAUUUUAGAAUAUGUCUGUAACGUAAUAAAAUUGGGCAAAAGUCAAGGGUCUGAAUACUUUCCGAAUGCAUGGCAUAUAAUUUUUUUUUUUAUAUAUAUAUCUAUAUCUCUCUAAUGAUUGAGUUCAUCUUUCGUCGAUGAAUGGAGAUUUUAUAUAUAUAUACAGUGCCUUGCGAAAGUAUUCGGCCCCCUUGAACUUUGCGACCUUUUGCCACAUUUCAGGCUUCAAACAUAAAGAUAUAAAACUGUAUUUUUUUGUGAAGAAUCAACAACAAGUGGGACACAAUCAUGAAGUGGAACGACAUUUAUUGGAUAUUUCAAACUUUUUUAACAAAUCAAAAACUGAAAAAUUGGGCAUGCAAAAUUAUUCAGCCCCCUGAAGUUAAUACUUUGUAGCGCCACCUUUUGCUGCGAUUACAGCUGUAAGUCGCUUGGGGUAUGUCUCUAUCAGUUUUGCACAUCGAGAGACUGACAUUUUUUCCCAUUCCUCCUUGCAAAACAGCUCGAGCUCAGUGAGGUUGGAUGGAGAGCAUUUGUGAACAGCAGUUUUCAGUUCUUUCCACAGAUUCUCGAUUGGAUUCAGGUCUGGACGUUGACUUGGCCAUUCUGACACCCGGAUAUGUUUAUUUUUGAACCAUUCCAUUGUAGAUUUUGCCUUAUGUUUUGGAUCAUUGUCUUGUUGGAAGACAAAUCUCCGUCCCAGUCUCAGGUCUUUUGCAGACUCCAUCAGGUUUUCUUCCAGAAUGGUCCUGUAUUUGGCUCCAUCCAUCUUCCCAUCAACUUUAACCAUCUUCCCUGUCCCUGCUGAAGAAAAGCAGGCCCAAACCAUGAUGCUGCCACCACCAUGUUUGACAGUGGGUAUGGUGUGUUCAUGGUGAUGAGCUGUGUUGCUUUUACGCCAAACAUAACGUUUUGCAUUGUUGCCAAAAAGUUCAAUUUUGGUUUCAUCUGACCAGAGCACCUUCUUCCACAUGUUUGGUGUGUCUCCCAGGUGGCUUGUGGCAAACUUUAAACGACACUUUUUAUUGAUAUCUUUAAGAAAUGGCUUUCUUCUUGCCACUCUUCCAUAAAGGCCAGAUUUGUGCAAUAUACGACUGAUUGUUGUCCUAUGCACAGAGUCUCCCACCUCAGCUGUAGAUCUCUGCAGUUCAUCCAGAGUGAUCAUGGGCCUCUUGGCUGCAUCUCUGAUCAGUCUU